GGUGAGGAGGGGAAAAGAAGGCGCAGGCGCAACUGCCCUCCCAGGGCCCCAGCGGAACCCACGCCCUCCCCUAAGUCUUAAAGGGCCAGAGGCAGCACUUACUGCCCGGGCCCUUCCUCACUUUUGGGGGGCGGGGGUGCGCACGCGCAGUGGGGGAGCUCUGGGGUGGGGGUAGCGGUCGAGUAUCAAGUUGCUUUCUGUCCCGGCAGAGGAAGCCAGAUCGCUGAGGGUCCAGUCUCCAGCUUGCCUCCUGCUAUAUCCAUAGGAAGAGAAAAGUUUGUGACUUGGGCCCCCAAGUUUUGAGAGAACUGGGCUUUCGGCGCGGGGGGACAGAGGAGGCUCGUGGGGAGCUUUCCCCAUGGAGCUUACCCAGCCUGCAGAAGACCUCAUCCUGACCCAGCAGACCCCUGCCUCAGAACUUGGGGACCCUGAAGACCCUGGAGAGGAGGCUGCAGAUGGCUCAGACACUGUGGUCCUCAGUCUCUUUCCCUGCACCCCUGAGCCUGUGAAUCCUGAACCGGAUGCCAGUGUUUCCUCUCCACAGGCAGGCAGCUCCCUGAAGCACUCCACCACUCUCACCAACCGGCAGCGAGGGAACGAGGUGUCAGCUCUGCCGGCCACCCUAGACUCCCUGUCCAUCCACCAGCUCGCAGCACAGGGGGAGCUGGACCAGCUGAAGGAGCAUUUGCGGAAAGGUGACAACCUCGUCAACAAGCCAGACGAGCGCGGCUUCACCCCCCUCAUCUGGGCCUCGGCCUUUGGAGAGAUUGAGACCGUUCGCUUCCUGCUGGAGUGGGGUGCCGACCCCCACAUCCUGGCAAAAGAGCGAGAGAGCGCCCUGUCGCUGGCCAGCACAGGCGGCUACACAGACAUUGUGGGGCUGCUGCUGGAGCGUGACGUGGACAUCAACAUCUAUGAUUGGAAUGGAGGGACGCCACUGCUGUACGCUGUGCGCGGGAACCACGUGAAAUGCGUUGAGGCCUUGCUGGCCCGAGGCGCUGACCUCACCACCGAAGCCGACUCUGGCUACACCCCGAUGGACCUUGCCGUGGCCCUGGGAUACCGGAAAGUGCAACAGGUGAUCGAGAACCACAUCCUCAAGCUCUUCCAGAGCAACCUGGUGCCCGCUGACCCUGAGUGAAGGCCGCCCGCCGGGGACUCAGACACUCAGGGAACAAAAUGGUCAGCCAGAGCUGGGGAAACCCAGAACUGGCUUCAAAGGCAGCUUCUGGACAGGUGGUGGGAGGGGACCCUUCCCAAGAGGAACCAAUAAACCUUCUGUGCAGAA